GCUCCGCACGACACUACGUGCGCGCGCACGCGAGCGGGCGGCGGCGCUCUUUACGGCGGUAGCGUCAGUGCGUGUCGCUGGAGCUCGGCCGCAAUUUACACGUGGCUGUGUCGGAGACACGUUGUUGCUGCUGUUACUACAGUCACUGCCAGCGCUGCCCUUGCCACUACCAGUAUGAAGCGACCGAAGUUAAAGAAAGCAAGUAAACGCAUGACCUGCCAUAAGCGGUAUAAAAUCCAAAAAAAGGUUCGAGAGCACCAUCGAAAAUUGAGGAAGGAGGCUAAAAAACGGGGUUGCAAAAAGCCUAGAAAAGACCCAGGAGUUCCAAACAGUGCUCCCUUUAAAGAGGCUCUUCUUCGGGAAGCUGAGCUCAGGAAACAGCGACUUGAAGAACUAAAACAGCAGCAGAAGCUUGACAGGCAGAAGGAGCAGGAAAAGAAAAGAAAACUUGAAACUAACUCUGGCGUUAAGCCAUCUAACUUGGAGCCUGUGAAAGAGGAAUUUGGGCAGGGCAAAGCUAAGGACAAACCCAAGUCGGGCAAACAGAAUCCGAAGAAGUUGUAUUGUCAGGAACUUAAAAAGGUGAUUGAAGCUGCAGAUGUUGUGCUGGAGGUGCUGGAUGCCAGAGAUCCUCUUGGUUGCAGGUGUCCCCAGGUAGAAGAGGCCAUUAUCCAGAGUGGACAGAAGAAGCUGGUACUUGUAUUAAAUAAAUCAGAUUUGGUACCAAAGGAGAAUUUGGAGAACUGGCUGAAUUAUUUGAAGAAGGAAUUACCAACGGUGGUGUUCAGAGCCUCAACAAAUCUGAAGGACAAAGGCAAGAUAAUCAAGCAUUUGAAGGUAAGGAAGAGAGCUCCAUUCAAAAGUGAAGUCUGUGUUGGGAAAGAUGGCCUUUGGAAGCUUCUGAGAGGUUUUCAGGAGGCUUAUGGCAAAGCCAUUCAGGUUGGAGUAAUUGGUUUCCCAAAUGUGGGGAAAAGCAGCAUCAUCAACAGCUUAAAACAAGAACGGAUAUGUAAUGUCAGUGUAUCCAUGGGGCUUACAAGGUGCAUGCAGGUUGUCCCCCUGGACAAACAAAUCACAGUCCUGGACAGUCCAAGUUUCAUUGUGUCUCCACUUAACUCUGCCAGCGCACUUGCCCUGAGAAGUCCAGCAAGUAUUGAAGUGUUGAAACCAGUGGAGGCUGCUAGUGCCAUCUUGUCCCAGGCCGAUGCUCGACAGGUAGUAUUGAAAUUUACUAUUCCAGACUUUAAGAGUCCUCUGGAAUUUUUUACAUCGCUUGCUCAGAGAAGAGGACUGCACCGAAAAGGUGGAAGCCCAAAUUUAGAAGGUGCUGCCAAACUGAUGUGGUCGGAGUGGACAGGUGCCUCCUUAGGUUACUAUUGCCAUCCCCCUACAUCCUGGACUCCCUCUCCACAUUUUAAUGAGGGCAUCGUGACAGACAUGAAAAGGGGCCUUAAUCUGGAAGAACUGGAAAAGAACAAUGCACACAGCAUACAGACUGUCAGGGGCCCUCGUUUAGCCAGUAGCAUCCUUUUCCAGUCUUCGGGUCUGACAAAUGGAAUAAUAGAGGAAAAGGACAUACCUGAAGAACCACCAAAACAGAAAGAGAAGAAGCAGGAGGAGGGGGAGGACUACAAUGAACUUGACAGUGACCAGGAAAUUGUUGACGAAGAAGCUGGUGAAAAGAGCUCCGACGUGUCUGGGGCAGGAGAGGCCUGGGAGGCACUGCCUGAGGAGUCUCAAGCAGAUGAGUCAGCACCAUCUUACAUCUCAGAUAAAAUGACGGAAGAGGAAGAUGAUGCUUAUGACUUCAGUAUAGACUAUGUGUAACAGAACUGUGUCCUUUUAGUAGGUGGUUUCCUAACAUUUUGAACAGACUGCUAAGCUGUUAUAUUGUGUGUGAUCUACCAGUUUGUUACAGUAUGAUACAAACUGUAAAUUUUGUAAAUAUGUAUUAUACAUUCAUCUUUAAAAAUAA